AUUGUACUUCAAUCUCUGAACCAAGUAAUCUAGUAUAGUACUAGAUUGAUUCCAGUUCCACAAUCUUUGGAGAUUAUCAUGUCAAGUUCUCAGUGCUUUGAGAAUCCACCAAACUUCAGCUCCUCAACAUCUGGAUUGGGAUCUGUCCAACAUCUUGGUGGCCUCAAAACAUACAUCACUGGGCCCCAUGAUUCCAACAGGGCAAUCCUUCUUGCCUCCGAUGCUUUUGGAUAUGAAGCUCCAAAAUUUAGGAAACUCGCGGAUAAAGUUGCGGAAGCUGGUCAAUUUUUGGUGGUGGCUCCUGAUUUUUUGUAUGGUGACCCUGCUGAUCCUAGCAACCCUCAAUUUGAUCGCGAUUUGUGGUUGAAAGCUCAUAACGCGGAUAAAGGGUAUGAAGAUGCGAAACAAGUGGUUGCUGCUUUAAAGAGUAAGGGCGUUUCUGCCAUAGGAGCUGCAGGAUUUUGCUGGGGAGGGUGGGUCGCGGUUAAAUUAGCGAGUUCUACCGACAUUCAAGCUGCGGUUGUGCUGCAUCCUGGAAGGCUAACAUAUGAAGAAAUUAAUAAAGUAAAAGUUCACAUCGCUAUACUGGGAGCUGAGUUUGACCAUCUUGCACCAGCAGAGGAAUUGAAACAUUUUGGAGAGAUUUUGUCAGCUAAAUCCGAGUUUGAUAGCUUUGUGAAGAUAUUCCCCGGGGUGGGUCAUGGUUGGACUGUGAGGUACAAUGAUGAAGAGCAAUCAGCUGUCAAGAAUGCCGAAGAAGCUCAUUUGGACAUGUUAAAUUGGUUUAAGAAAUAUGUCAAGUGAAAUUCCGCACCCCCGUGGUCUCAAUAGAUUUUCAAGUGGCUACCGAGUCGGGGAUUUGAGGACACCACUGAUCCAUUUUCUAUAUCGUGUAAAAUUGUCACAAUAAUGGCCAUACCAGAAUAAGUUUUACUGAAAUGAUAUGUAAAGCAUUUCUGUAGCUUUUCAUACUAGUCUUGACAAUUAUUCUUCUUUAAAGAGUUUUGAAUGACAAGCAGCAAUGUAAUCGCCAAUUCAGUCUAGUACAAAACGAAAACAACUGAAUAGGAAAUGUCUCUUUAAAAAAUAAAAUAAAACUGAAC